CUUUUUUACUGUUUGCCUUUGCAAUAAAAAAAAACUUUACACACUACCCCUUCCUUCCUUCCUCCACAAUAAUUCACUAAUUAAUCGCUCUCCAUUUUUAUGCUCUUCACACUCUUUUCUCUUUUCCUCUCCCCCCUUUUUUCCCUUUGUCUUUUGCCUUUUGCCUUUUACGAUAAUUCUCUCUCUCUCUCUCUCUCUCUUUCUUUUCCUCUUUCUUUGCCUUGCACCAUAAUCUUCAUUUCUUCAUUCAUUUCACUCCAUUCCCAUUCCCAUUCCAUUCCACCUUCUUUUCACAUGGACAAUUGACUGACAUUGGUUUUUUUUUUUGUUUCCUCCUGUACCUAAGUCUGCAUUUUAAUUUUAAUUACUUCUAAUCCUAAUAAAAAGAAGAAAAAAAAAAGAAAAAAUGACUGACAAUAGUCAUAAUGAUCCUAGCACCUUCUCCUCCACCCCACCCACUAUGACUGACACUACUUCUUUGCACGAGCUUGCUGCUACAUCUCCUUCCUCCUCCGCUAUAAAGGCCCUUCCUCGUCCCAUCUCAAUCCGCCAUAGUCAGAGCUAUGAACCUGCUCCCCCUAGUCCAACCAGCGAUAUCACCCUAAGUGAACUUCGAGGUGUCCGCUCCUCUGCCUCCUUGAACUUACUCGCCUCCUUCUCCUCAACCUUCACCCCUCAACAGCACCAGCCCCAACAACGGCCUAAUCAUCGAUCUCAGAUCUUCUCCAACCCCUUCAAGAAAUUACAAAACACCUUCAACAGCAAAAGGAAUUCAGACCUUACCAGCCUCAAUAACAAUAAUUAUAAUAACCUCCUCAAUGGAAACCGGCUCGAAAGACCCGUUUCCUCUGCUUCUUCGGCCAAUUCACUUACAUCCUGGAGGACUAAGGGCGCCGAGAUGCUGUCAAAGUCAUGGGGGCGAAACAGAAAGUACUCGGAGCCCUUGUUAAAGAACGUGGGAGCCGUUGUGUCGGCAAGUCCCAUUUUUGGCGUUGAUCUCAAGGAAGCCAUCCGGCUCUCACACAUCCCAAACACCCCCUUGGUCCCAGCCGUUUUGCAUCGAUGUGCAGAGUUUUUAGAGGCCAAGGGCGUAGAUGAAGUUGGACUCUACCGGUAAGCCGUCUUUAAAGUCUUUUUUCUUUUUUCUUUUUUUUUUAUUGACGCUGG